AUGACCGCCAAGUGUGUCUUUUACAUGGACGACGUCAACAUUUUAUGUACCGACCUUUUAUCCGUCGUCAGGACUCUGGACAGGACUGACUGGUACGGACGAGCCUCUGGGGCGAGACUGAACAGAGACAAGACAGAGGCCCAAUUCUGCGGACCGUGGGCAGACCCAGACUUGACCAGACUACCUCUGACAGUUAAACUGACGGACAUAAGGGUACUAGGGGUAAAGUUUGACCGGGGGGGAGGAGGGAGCGGGAGGUGGUCAAGAGGCCCAGGUCCAAGGGGGGGGAAAGGCUUGCCUGACCUCUACUUGUUCCUGGGCAGCCGCUACACAGCGUUACAUCUGACUAUUGCCACCUCCCCGGUCAACAACAAGACUCAGGCCCUCGCACGGUUCUGGCUGGGAUCUUACCUCAGGACUCUGAGGCUGAUCCCAGUCGACCUGCGAGCCCCAGUCUCUUUCCUGCUACCUCCGCCCUACAUCCAGCUCCAGAAGUUUUUAAGACAUUUUAAACUGGAAAAAGAAACAGUCACGGUCUUAACAAAACACCGCUCUCUUCUCUCUCUUGUGCAGGAUCAGGAACCAGUAUGUCCAGUGCGCGGGCUCGCUCUAGGUGAGCCCACAACGGUUUGGCGCAACGUGGCCCAUCCUGCUCUCCUGAAUCGGCAUCGGGACCUGUCCUGGAUGGUCGCCCACGAGAUCCUCCCGGUCAGGGCAGUUAUGCACUCACAGGGCAUGGCGAGGACAUCCGCGUGCCCCCGACCAGGCUGCGGCCAAGAAGAGUCGGUGAGGCACAUGCUCUGGGAGUGCAGAGCCGCCAGGGACCUGUGGAAGGAAGCAGGCCCCCUGAUCUCCUUGUGUCUGCCAGCAGGGGAGGACCUAACACCUCAGCUCGUGCUGUAUGAAGGAAGCACUGUGGUCCUCCCGUAACCUGCUGGUAGCGAAAAACGUAGAGACCACCCCCCAGGCAGUGGCCAUGGUAGCCACAGAAGCCCUGGGGUGGUACGAAAGGAAGGGGGCCUCGACCCCAGGCGAAGGGUCCCCCACAACACCCUAGGUCCCGGCGGCCACAGCCUGACAGCGCUGCGGCGCCUAGGGCGAUGUGCCUAGAGGAGGGAUCUCCUCUGGGCCCCGAAGGACGGGACGAUGAUCCAUUCAGAAGAGCAGGAUGAGGUGAGCUUGAUAAAGACUCACCCCGCUCCUGUACAAGGGACUGAAGACAGCUUUUUAACAAAGUGGCUUUUUAACAUGUUUUUCAUGUCUUAAAAAUGUUUAACCUUUGUUAGAUCAUUAGUACACAUUUUAAAUGGCUUCUACAGAUUCGAUGUUUUUACAAGGAAAGUACUUUUAUUCAUGGUUGUUUUCAUUGGUUUUAACAUGUACUUUUUAACUAAUUUAAAUGUAACUUUCAAAUGCUGUGUUUUAUGCUUUGUUGCCGUUUUUAUGUGAUGUAAAAAAAUGUAU